CUCUAAAAUAAUAAAAAAAGAAAUUUGUGAUUAAUUUUACUACGGAUUAUUUUAUUUGUUUAAUACCAAGACCUUUUAAAAUAGAAAUGUGAGAUAAAAAAGUGACUGAAAUCGUAAUAUCCGGCCUAACAAUAUGGCCGCCAGUUGUUUAGAGUAAUGUGGCGUUCGACAAACCAGAGUGAAAUUGUUAAAAUAAUAAAUAAUAACGUAAACAUGUAUAAAGUUUUCAGUGUUUUAUAGCAGUGUUACAUGAAAAAAAAGCAUUGGAUUGCCUUUUUUGGUGCAAAAAAUUAGAAAUUGUAAAAAAUUGAACAGUCAACAAACUUUUGUUUAUUUCAUUCAAGUGAAAAAAUUUACUUUUCACGGAGUGUAAAUGAUUAUGUACCAUCCAUACGGUUACUAGAAUAAUAAUUAAGGACUGUCGGUAACACAUUAGGAUUUGGUGCACUAAGUAUAUAUCAAGGAAAUGAUUAGUAAUCCUGGAUACUUCAAUAAGUUACAGUUGGAGUAAAAUCAAAAUUUUUCAGUGCAAUGGUAUGGCAAACUUGAAUUAUCAACAAGCUCCUAGAAGCCUUGUUAGCGGAGGCGUUGGUGGGCGUGUGGGUUCAGGUUUAGUUAGUGGUGUCUCUGGCCAUGUGACCCCAACAUUUGGUGGCCCGCUGUCUCCUGGCCGAGGCAGUGGGACAGCAAUGCCUGGUGGCGCACCACCCUCGAUGGCAUCAAGGUCAACACUGUUUGGACAGCGAGCAUUUGCUGAUCGGAGAGUGCCAAUGUCAACACCACUAUCACAAGCAAAUUCCAAUUCAAUGUCAAGUAUGGCGAGUCUUCCCCGGUUUAAUAGCAGCAACUACCACUCGGUGUUUGGCGAAGGCGGUGACACGUCGACGCCGCCGCUGUUGGAUCUCAGCGAAUUUCCAUCGUUAACAGCGCGAGGGGCAGGAGACCAAGCGCCGGCUGCGGCGCCACCACCGCCGGGCUCUAAACCCUACGUGGGUAUGGUUAAGCAGCCAACGGCAGAACAGUCUGAGUUCACGAUGUCGUCGGAAGACUUCCCCGCGUUGCCGGGCACCUCGAGUGCGGGAGGCGCAGCGCCUGUCGUCCCGCCUCCUGACCUCAUCCAUCCAGACACGAAACCCCCGAGGAAGGGGGGCAUUCAGACGUCGCCCGAAGGAUCGCUGACGAAAAAUGAUAUUAACCUUUUCUGCCCUAAAGUUGUCAAUCAAGGAGCACAUUCGGAAUUUUACGGUAAAGUUACGAGUAUACCAGAUACGAUGAUACCUAACCAAUAUGGAAUUGUGGGGCUAUUAACGUUUAUAAGGGCGGCGGAAUCGGACCCCAGUCUCGUAUCGCUAGCACUGGGACAGGAUUUGACUGCGUUGGGACUCAAUCUCAACUCACCCGAUAACCUUUACUUAACGUUCGCUGGCCCGUGGGCGGAUACGCCCUGUAGACCCCAAGACAUGGACUACCACGUCCCGCCCGAGUACUUGAUAAACGGCUCAAUUAGAGAAAAACUAGCGCCUCUAAGACUCAAUCGAUAUAAGGAGGACUUACUUUUCUAUCUAUUUUACUGUUUCGUCGGUGAUGUACUGCAAAUUGCUGCCGCUGCGGAGUUAUAUAACCGCGAGUGGCGGUAUCACAUGGAGGAAAAAGUGUGGAUCUCUCAGGCACCAGGUAUGCCCAUGGUCGAGAAAACGUCCACUUACGAGCGCGGCACCUACUACUUCUUUGACGCGCAUAAUUGGCGCAAGGUGGCGAAAGAAUUUCACCUGGAUUACAGCAAGUUGGAAGGUCGGCCGCAGCUGCCGCCGCACGCGCUCACGUAGCGACCCGCGCCACGCACUUACUACGUAGUUUUGUUAUAUAAAAAGUACAAGUUA